AUGGGUGGUGAAGAGGAAAUAGGGAAUUCAAGACUUCAUCGUGAAGAUAACAACAAUAAUAUUAUGGAUCAGUCAAAUGAUGGAGGAGCAAAUAGGGUAUUCCCAUGUCUAUUUUGUUCAAGAAAGUUUUACAGUUCACAAGCACUAGGAGGACAUCAAAACGCUCACAAAAAGGAAAGAACCGCAGCAAGAAAAGCACAGAGAGCUUCUGAAUAUAGACUGUGUAGUUUAGCUGCUGCUUCUUCACAUCCUCCAUUAAUCUUUGCUAAUCAUCAUUAUAAUCAUCUUAGUUCGUCAAGAUAUAUAACAACUCCUCAUGCAGCAAAUCUUAAUCAUCAAUUUUCUAAUAAUAAUCAUCAUCAGCAAUUAUUCUCUGAUGGGUUUGGAUCACAUGGGGCACCUAAGUUUGAUUAUGGAAUCUAUCGUGCUGGUGGACCUGCUGGUGGUGGUGCUAGUACUGCAGGUAAUCACCAUGGUAUUUGGUCUUAUCGUCAUCAAGCUGAUGACCAGAGCUUCUUGAAUUGGCAAAAGACUUUAAGACAAAAUGGGUACAGCAAUGGAGAAUCGUCUUCUGUUACUACUACUAAUAAUUCUAGUUCAUCAUCUCAUCUAUCGUUGCUGAAUAUUAAAGAAAAUCUUGAUCAGCAUGAUCAACAAAUGAAGAUUAUUAAUGGUACCGAUAAGGAUAAGGAACAGAAACUUGACCUAUCUUUGCAUUUAUAG